GCCGCCGGUGCGGCGCGCGGCGGGCACCGUGGCGCUGCGGCGCUCGGGAAGACCCAUGGUGUGCGCGGCGGGUGCGGCGAGCUGCGAAGAGACGAAGAGAGAAGGUGAGAGGUGGGGGGGCCGAGGAGAGGGAGAGAAGGGGGUAUGAGGCCACGCGGGCCGAGCAGAGGAGAGGGCCGGAGAGAGGAAGGAGUGUGUGGGGGAGAGAGAGGUGAGAAGGGGGUGCGGAGAGGGCCGUCUGGGAUGAGCUCGAGCGGCAGCGGGCAGCCGCGCCAGAGCGAGAGCCGGGUUCGCCCUCGCCGGCCGGACAGGCACAGCGUGAGCGUGAGCCCUGGCAGGGACGCAGCAGCAGCAGCGCGGGGCUCGGCGAGCUUGACGACGCAAAGUCGUGCGCACACGGCGCGCGGGCUGCGAAUCGGCGGCCUGCUCUGCUUGCUCGCCGCAGGGCGCAGGAGAGCAGUCUGGGGCCCUCGUCUGCGUGAAGGGCCGCGCAGAACGAGCCCAAAGUGCGCGGCACAGCUCCUCUCGCAAGGUGCCCGGGCGAUCAUUCAGCGCGCGCUGCCGAUGGGGAAAUUGGGCAGCGGCAGCCUCAGCGGUGCGGCACACGGCUGCGCGGGGCCUCCUCGCAGACGUCGUGCGUGCAGCGAAGCGCCGCUCUCGCUCUCCGCACCCCGACGGCGACGGCGUCGGCAGCGGCCUCGCCUCGCCUCUCUCGCCUCGCCGUGCCGCCGUCACGGCCGACUCCGCCAGCAGGCGCUGCGUCCGCUGCGCAGCUGCCCUUGCAGGCGCAGGGCGUGUCAAAUAUCCGCUCCCCGCUGCAGCGCCCGCUCGAGGCACCGCAGCGGUGCCGUGCACGCAUCGCCGUUUUCCGCCGCGCUAGAGCGGUGCUCGUUGGCCCGCCGUCGAGGCUGCACACUCGUGUGCUGCCCCAAGGGGCUAGCGAGGUCUCGCCUUGCUCUCCCCGCAGCCCAGGGCGCAGAACGCAGCAGCGCCCAGGCACUGCGCCAGCGCCCGACAGCUCGCUCAACUUGCUGCCUGACCGCCUUAGCGCAGCGCGACUUUGCGGUCCAUGACGCACAAGCGCGGCCGACUACAGCCCCGCGCCGCCGCACUUGAAGCGCCGACUACAAAGCUGCUGCUCGCCGGCGAGACAAGACCGCAGCAACGUGAGACCGCGUCCAUCCCUGUGCG